UUGUUCCUUCAUUGUGCUCGUUGUUUGCCAUUAUACAAAAUAAUUAUGUUUUAUGAUGUGACAACGCUGUGAUUAAGGUUUGGUUAGGUUUAGGCACAAAAACACUUGGUUAGGGUUAGGAAAAAAUCAUGGUUUUGAGUUAUGAUCACUCUCGCGAGAUGUUUCACAAAUCCAGGGUUACCAUGUAGUCACGACCAGGAAGAGAGAAAUGACAACAGUAUGAGGAGGAAGAUGCUGCAGCUGUGACACCUUUUCACUCUUUCAUUCUUAUUUACUGAAAGCAUCAACAAUGACUUCAGUUAUUAAAGACACACAAAGCAUAAAAGAAGCGGUGACUUUCAUCAACGCGAUUGAUGUGAACAAGUUCUCCAGAUUAAUCUCCCGCAUCAUACAAAAGCUUCAUCUGAAGGGAGAGCGGACAUUCAGUGAAGAGGAGGAGCAAAAACUUCAGACUGCUCUCUCAUUGGAUAAACAGGCUCUGAACUUGGUCCUGGAAACUGCUGCCUUUAUUCUAGAGCAGGCAGUGUAUCAUAAUAUAAAGCCGGCGUCUCUGCAGCAGCAGCUGGAGGCUGUUCAUCUAAACCCAGACAAGGCUGAGGUGUUUUCUCAAACCUGGGCCACCUCUGGGCCUGAGCUGGUGGAGGGGCUAAAGCACAAUAUCUUUGCUCCAAAGAAGCUGGAUUAUGUCGGCUGGCAGCUGAACCUGCAGAUGGCCCAGUCCAGCCAAGCCAGACUGAAGUCUCCCAGUGCUGUCCUCCAACUCGGACUCCGCAACGAAGACUCUGAGGGAUACAGAGAGAGGCACGGAGACUGCGGGCAGAGCCGACUCUUAAUAAAUGUCGGUCCACAGCUGGGCUACGGAUGGACAGCUCACUGAUGGGCUGUUUAAAACAAGGCGUCGCUUAAUGCAAGAGGAGACAGUAGCUGAGGCGAAGUUACAGAGAGAGAUAAAGAAAAGGAAUACAUCAAGAAAGCGUGAUGCAUCUUGCCAGCGAGAGACGGAGAGGAAGAUGAGGGAGGGACAGGGAGGUAGAAUCACCUCAACAGGAAGGAGACAGAGAAAGACAUCCCCUCUCACUUGCGCAGCCUGAGGGCAGUGAUUGUGAAACAGCAUGAAGUGUGUGACAGGAGGGAGGUCACAGACAGGCAGCAUUGUGUGUGUGUGUGUGUGUGGGCAUACUUGUAUUUUGGUGACCGAGUGUGUGUUGCUUACCAUCACGUUAGUGUGAGUCUCUGUAUGUACGCUUGCGUGCUUGUGUAUAUACAUGCCCAUGAGUGUACAGAAUGUGUGGAGCCUGUCGUAUGUCUGUGUGUGGGGUAGUUAGAGGUGUGUGUAUGUCCUGGUGUGUUUUCAGGAAUUCAUCCUGUCAGGCCUGGAACCCGCUGCCUCGUCCUAUCGCCUCUCUCCACACAGAACAAUACAAAAGCCCCAGUUUGUUUAUUGUUUUGCCUGCCUUGUUUUUCUUUUGAUUGUUGUCAAAAUCCCCACUGUCUCCCCUGGCGUAGCAGCAUGCACUCCACUCUUCUAUGCUAUUAUUUACUCCCCAAGGUUUUUAGAGUUUAGAUAGAACGAGAGCAGUAUCAAAAGGGCCGUCGAAAAAAAAAGGAAGAAAUAGUUGAGAGGGAUGAAAUAUUCAGAGUGAUGUGAUGUUCUAGGACAAUAAAGUUCCAGGUGUUUUGACUAAUCAGGAUAUUAGAAAGACUGAGUGACAUGUUGGCUCCUAUGCAUGUCGUUGGGAGGCCCCUUACGGUACAGGAAGAGUUUUCCAUCAUGUCAUUUCUUCUCACAGAGGUUUGGAAAAGUCUUCUCUUCUUCUUUUAAAAUUUAUUUCGGAGACUAGAAUUGUGUCUGUGUGUGUUCGUGUGGGCGUGCAUGUGUGUGCACAUAUCUACUUGUUCUCAUUUCUGUUAUAAAUACCGGGGCUGAUUGACAGUUUCUAGUGUUUGGGUUUGACAGCUCUGUUUUGUUGUAGUCGACAGGCUUUUAGUGAAUGGCUGACGUUUUGAGGUUCCAUGUCCGUCACUGUGUGAUGGCUACAGGGCACCGUUGUGGAUGUGGAUACCAAGUUCAUUACGCCACCCUUUCAGCAUCAAUGCACAAUGCAUAUGUGGCUCCUACAGGCUGUUUUUCAAAAGGUCAUGGGAAGAUUCAACAUACUACAAAACAACUACAAAGUAUUGAUUUCUUUUUGUUGUUGUUGACUGGCGUGUUACAGUUUUGUGCAAAGCUACUGGCUGCUUUUUUUUAAAAAUAAUUCUGGCACAUAAGAUGAGUUGAAUAUUGUGGACUUUUAUCAAAAGAAAAAUCUGUUCAUUGAACAUCAGGGUGCAUUUUUUGUGGUAUAUUUAUUCAUACUCAUAUAAAUCAAUAUGUGACCAAACACACUGUAGUUGAUGGGACAUUGUGUUGAAAUAUCUCCUGCAAUCAACAGCUACAAUCAACUCAAGUCAAAGACUUCACACUCAUCAUUUUGCUAAUCAUAUGGGGGAAAUCCACCACUGGCAAGGCAAUUUCUUUACUUCCAGCAGCUUCCAUAGAUGACAAAGCAAUGCAGUUUCCAAAAUCUUGAUUGUGCAGUAAAGGGCAGGAUUUCAAUCCUGGUGCUUGGGGAUGUUGCAAAACAUUCUGGGAAUUGUGGGAAAUCAGAAACUGAAUAAAUGGAAUUGAGAAAGGUUAAGGGAAAGUGGUUAAACCAAAUAAGUAAAUUACAACACUUCUGUGAGUACACUGAAAAUGCAAAUUGAGUUUUUAAUAUUCUUCCUCUCAAUUAACAAUGAAAUAAAAACACAAGAAUGAUAGACUCUUAUGUAAAUGAAUACACAUAAUCUUCACACCAAUCAUAAUUAGGAUUUUGAAAAAAUUGUGUUAGAAUGAAACUUCAAAGUGACAAUAUUUAACAGAGUAAUGCUACACCUUUUAGAGGCUGGAUUUGUCUUCACCAGAUGUGAACGUAUGUAUGUAUUGUUAGAGAAACCUUCACAGUAAUUCAUGAAACAAGAAAACACGAGAUCCAAA